UGGUCAGAUAGUUAUAUGGCACAGAAUCGGAUCAUGGACAUGAAACAAUUUCAGAUAAUGAACCACUUCCCAGGAAUGAGCGAGAUCUGCAGGAAAGACUCACUGGCCCGGAACAUGAACCGAUUGUUCAAGCUUUUCCCAGAGGAAUACAACAUCUUCCCACGGACGUGGAGUCUACCUGCUGACUAUAAGGAUUUCCAGGCAUAUAGUCGCAGAAGAAAAGGAGAGACCUAUAUCUGUAAGCCAGGCAAGGGCUGCCAAGGCCAAGGUAUUUUCUUGACGUACAAUGCGGAUGACAUCAAGCCUGGAAAACACAUGAUCUGUCAGCAGUAUCUCGAAAAGCCAUUCCUGAUUGAUGGAUUUAAGUUUGAUCUUCGGCUCUAUGUCCUUGUCACUUCUUGUGACCCUCUGCGCAUUUUCAUCUAUAACGAGGGCAUUGUGCGGUUUGCGACCACCAGCUACACCAAACCCAACUGCAAAAACCUGAAUAACAUCUGUAUGCAUCUAACUAACUAUUCAAUCAACAAGCUCAGUGAGAAUUUCAUCAGAGAUGAUAUAAAAGGAAGUAAAAGGAAACUUUCAACACUGAGAGGUUGGCUGGAAAAUCAUGGAUACGAUGCAGUAAAACUAUGGAGUGAGAUCGAUGAUGUCAUUAUCAAGACCCUGAUUUCCAUUCAACCGAUCUUGAAGCAUAGGAAUCAGACUUGCUUCCCAUUCAAAGCUGCUGGUACCAACUGCUUCACGAUCCUUGGGUUUGACAUCAUUCUGGACCAAGAGUUGAAGCCAUGGCUCCUAGAGGUGAAUCACUCCCCAAGUUUUACCACAGACUCACGGUUAGAUCAGGAGGUCAAGGACGCCGUUUUGCAGGAUACCCUUAAUAUGAUCAGACUCCGUGCCUGCGACACCAGGAAAGUUAUUAAGGAAGAGCGCAGAGUGGAAGAUCAUUUAAUACAAUCCAAGCUCUCGAUGGAAGCAAGGCUACAGGAACAGUUAAACACCCAGACUGCUUGGCUGGAGCAGGUAGAAAAGUAUGAGGACAGUCACCUUGGAGGCUACCGACGGAUCUACCCAAGUCACAAACCUGGGCAGUACGGGAAAUUCUUCAUACCCAGGGGCUUACUGUACAUGCAAACCGCAACUUCCAAAGCAAGAGCGGAGUGUGUCAGGAAGCAAAUGGAAGAGCUUCGUCUGAUAGAAGAGCCAAAGCCCAAGAAAAGUGUGAAUAAUGAUGCUGUCCGAGAAUCAGCGGCUGAGAAGCCUGCCACAUAUCACGUACCAAAGAGGCCAACUUGUCCUCCUCCUCCUAAUUACAUUAGGAGCAUGGAAAGAAAGCUACGCUUUAUCCGCCCACCGGUACUGUGUCAGGAAACAGAAACUGUAACUGUUCUCCCGUUGCCUAAUUUGAGAUCGAGGCACACGGCAUCAUUUCCCAGAGCUCACACUGCUCCCAGCCAUCACUCCAACAGGGAUGUGUCACAGUUGCCCAGACUCUUUCAGCCAGGAAGAGCAGCACCUCCAUCUUCCCAGUAUCCUGCGGGGAGAAAAAUACUCCAGAGAGUGGUGCAAAACAUCCGGGCAACUGCUGCCGUCAGUGAGCCAGUUAAACAGCCGGCACGUGACAGCCAGAGGAGUCUCUCCGGUGCCCGAACCAAGGCUGCACAGAACCCAACAUGCAAGAAAGCAUCCGGUGUUUCUUCUGGCUCUCUGAAGAACAUUGUCCCUGGAGGAAGACGUCCUGAGGAACCUCGAAGUGGUUUUCUUCCUGUUAUUCCUGGAAAUCGGUCUUUAGUUGCUGCUCCAUCUUCUGCACCAGUUACCCGACGCACACGUCAUUGA